UAUUACCACGUGUUUAUUUCCGGCUGCCAGCCGCCAUCUUAACCGCCAGACGUCAAACCCGCUGUUUGUAGUAGAUCGGCUGUCAAGUGGACAACAACUUUGUAGUUUAAAUAGUAGUUUUCGUUGUUAAAAUCAGUUUUAGCGUUCGGUUUUGUGGUGUGGACAUCAAGUGAUGCUAUCGCAAUAUGCCUAUGUGUUCAAUAAAACAGUGUGGUGCACGAAAAUCGAAAAAUCGACCGAAUUUGACCCUUCACAGUGUUCCAAAAAAUGAAGUUUUGCGUCGAAAAUGGCUUAACGCUAUUGGCCUGGAGAACAUAAAUCCGCGACAUAAAGAACUGUAUAUCUGUUCCCUACAUUUUGAGGAAUCCCAUUUCAACAGAACUCUAGACGUGGUGAGAUUGCGUGAAAAUGCCGUACCGACGUUGUUUAAUAUGCCAUCAACAUCUAAACAUAUGAUAUACACACAAAAAGAAAAUUUGGAUCCGUCACCAAAAAUGCCGCCAAUUUCAAAACCGGUUCUGGUAUUAUGUGGCACGGGUAAUGUUCCAGAAGAACAAGAUACUGCAAUGAGUCACCAAGAAAAUAAAUUGACUCCAGCUCAUGAAAUGCUGCCAACUUCAAAAAAUGUGCCUGUUUUGUGUGAAACUGGUAAUAUUCAAGGAAAGAUGGAGCCAAAGAAAUAUUCGUUUCCGGCUUAUGAUAUGCCAUCAUCAUCAGCCGCUGGCCAAGAUAGCAUUUUUCAAGAAGAAGAGGUUCUCCUGAAAGAGCAACCUGCGAGGGAAAUUCUGAUUCCUGCCGCAGGCCAGCCAUCGUCGUCAUCAGCCGCAAGUCAAGUUAGCAUUUUAGUCAGCCAGCAGUUCAAUAAGUUCCAAAAACUGGAAAAAAUCUGUCAAGAGCAAAAGAAGAAGAUUAAAAGAUUGCAAGAGAAGGUGCGGAGGCAAGGAAAAAAGAUCGGGAAUUUGGAAGACAUUCUCAAAGAUUUAAAACAAAAAUUGAUUAUAAAUAAUGAACAAUCUAUACUUCUGGAGGAAUGCGGUGGCUCUCAGGAUUUUUUUAAAGCGACAGAUUGCAAAAUCUAAAGGGUUGCCGUUAGAAAAAAAAUAUUCUGAAGAAAUACGGAAAUUUGCCUUGACAUUACACUUUUUGUCACCCAAAGCUUAUGAUUACAUCAGAAGAGUAUACAACACGUGUUUGCCACACCCCCGCACCCUAUCAAAGUGGUACCAAAACGUAAAUGCAGAAGCUGGCUUUACUAAAGAAGCAUUUGAUACUUUGAAGAAGAAGGUAGAGCAAAGUAAGCCACAACAAAUUUUGUGCGCUCUUGUCUUAGAUGAGAUUGCCAUCAGAAAAGGCUUAACAUGGGACCCCAAAGCCCAAAAAUAUCAUGGUCGUGUAGAUUAUGGUCACCAUAUCGAUUGUGAUUCAGCCGAAGAAGCCAAUCAGUGUCUGGUGUUAAUGUUAACAUGCAUUAAUGGUGCUUGGAAACUGCCAAUCGGCUAUUUUUUUAUAACAUCCCUAAGCGGCGAGCAAAAAUGUCUUCUGGUAGAAACUGCCAUUCAAAUGACGGAAAACACAGGCGCUCAAGUAGUAUCCGUUACUUGCGACGGUCCGGCUUCCAAUUUUAGCAUGUUUUCUGCAUUGGGUUGUCCCCUUAAUAAAACUCAAGAAAGCACAUCAUUUAAAACCGACAACGACAACAGAGUUCACUCAUUUAUAGACCCAUGUCACGCAAUCAAACUCAU